AUGGCGGCGUACCUGAAAUCAUUUCGUCAAAAGUUUCCUGGCUUUACUGACAUUCUGUUAGGGAUUCUUGUUGGUACUGGUGUAACUAAGGUUUACUAUGAAACCACAGGAACACAUGGAGAAGAUCAGAGCUCAAGCAAGCAGAAAGAAAUACAGAAAAUUGUUGAAAAGAACAAAAACUUGAAAUAUGGUCGACAUCUUCGCACUAUCGAUGUCAGUCAAGACGAGAGYGAAGAUGAGGUCGAUGGGAGAAGAGGUUUUUGUAAAUACGGUUUACCACAGAGUCCAUUACGACAUUUACGAUACACAAAUCAUUGGGUUUGUUAUGAUCAAGCCAGGAAAAUCCCCAUCUGGGUUGCUGAGCGUUUGACAAGAAAUAAAGUGCAAGGAGAAGCCCAAAGAGAAUUUUCAGAGUUUAGUUCAGACAAAAAUAUCCCAGCAGCAUUUCAGGCUCACAAUGAAGAUUUCCUUGGAACGGGAUGGUCAAGAGGACAUCUAGCACCUGCUGGUGACAACAAGUAUAAUCAAGACGCCAUGAAUGAAACUUUCUUCUUGUCUAAUAUUGUUCCACAAAACCUUGAUAAUAAUGCCAAUUUUUGGUAUCGAUUGGAAUCGUAUUGUAGAACCCUGACAAAACGCUACUCAGAUGUGUAUGUUGUGUCUGGACCAUUGUUUCUUCCGUCUGAUGCUAAAGAUGGGAAUAAACUAGUCCAAUAUGAGGUGAUAGGAGACAGCCAGGUUGCAGUUCCAACACAUCUCUUCAAAGUCAUUUUAGCUGAAACCAAAAACCAACAGCCACUAUUGGGUGCCUUUAUUGUUCCAAACCAACCAAUUAGCAAUGACCACCAACUUCAAGAAUUUGAAGUUACCAUGGAAACACUGUCCAAAAACACUGGAAUUUCAUUUUUCUCAGAAACAUUGAGGUCAAAUGCUGGAAAUCUUUGUAAAGUUGAUGGUUGUARGCUGCUUUCCAAAGAAUUCAUGGAGAACAUUGCGUUUGCACGUAAACUGCGRAACUGUAGUAACAUCGAAGACUUGGAAAACUUAUGGAAAGAUGCUACGGCAAGAAAAAUGACACUUGAUAAAUAUAUUACUUCGAUCUACAAUGAGAAAAAAGCCUUGUUAAAUGAAAAAACUAUGAAAGAAGAAAAACUCGAGUAUUAAUGCAGCAAAUUCCAGUUUUUCCAUGAGAGAAAGAGGUGCGGUGAAUUUAGGUAAAAUGCGAUGAAGUCAUCAGUUUUUUUUAAUUCUAUUUCGGCCCACUGUGAAUUGAACGGUCAGGGACCACAUAGUUUUAUUCUAACGUUCUUCCUUCCGAUUACAUCUAUUUUUAAUGUGAACAAAUGUCAAUCAAUCUAAUUAAAGACCUUUUGCUUUC